UUCUGAAGAUUUUGACGACGACAAUGAUGUUGAUGAACAGGAUGAUCCCCCGCCGUUGAUUUUCCUCGUCGUCUCUUUCUUCAGCGGCCGUGAUCAUCUUCUCUCUCCUAUUUUGGAUCUUUGGGUUGUCAUAAACCAAAAGCAAAUUCCACUAUGUAGCGACCUUCAUAAUAUAUAUGUAGCUGUGGUGUAUAUCUUUGUGUCUUGAAAUACAAGUCUGAAGAUGAUACAAUGUAAUAUCAUAAAUGGUAGACUGGUUUGAACCUUGGGUCUAGCUUUACAAUCCGUACUCAAUUGGCAUCUACUUGAGAGAGAAGAUCAAACACCUCACUGCUGCCUUUAAUGCUGAAAAUCAUGUCUCCAAAGUUGGAUGGUCCUGUUCAAGUACAAAUGGCUGUUGACAUGCUCAGCAACAGCCCUAGCAGUAGUAACUGCCAUGGGAAUAAGUCAACUGAAGGAAAACUGUCCUUACCCCCUUCCCCGCGUAGGCGUAUCUUUGUCCAAACUGAAAGAGGCCAUGUUUUGGGAAUGGAGCUGGAUCGUAGGGACAAUGCUAGUAUGGUGAAGAAAAGGUUGCAGCUUGCCCUUGAUGUUCCCACUGAUGGAAGCUCUUUGACAUUUGGAGAUAUGAUACUGAACAAUGAUCUUACAGCUGUUCGAAAGGAUUGCCCAUUGCUUCUCACCAGAAACAUGAUGCAUAGAAGCUCAUCAACUCCAUGCCUAUCACCUACUGGGAAGGCUGAUCAACGAAGAGAUAAAAGUGGUAUUGUUGAGAUUCUUGGUCAGUCUAAUUGCUUUGGUAGAACAAGUAAAGUGGUUAAAGAGAUUGUAAGGGCUAUCAAGAGUGGGGUUGAUCCAAUUCCUGUCAAUAGUGGACUAGGAGGUGUUUAUUAUUUUCGAAACUGUAAAGGAGAAUCUGUUGCCAUUGUUAAGCCAACUGAUGAGGAGCCUUUUGCGCCAAAUAACCCCAAGGGGUUCUCAGGGAAUUCUCUUGGACAGCCUGGCCUUAAGUGGUCUGUGAGGGUUGGAGAAACAGGUUAUCGAGAAGUGGCAGCCUAUCUUUUGGACUAUGAUCACUUUGCAAAUGUGCCUCCUACUGCUCUCGUCAAGAUUUCUCAUUCAGUUUUCAACGUAAAUGACUGUGUAAAUGGGAACAAGCCUCACAAUAUGGGAGUGGUCAGCAAGAUUGCGUCUCUUCAGCAUUUUGUUCGCCAUGACUUUGAUGCUAGUGAUCUUGGGACCACUAGUUUUCCAGUUUCUGCCGUACAUAGGAUCGGUAUACUAGAUGUUAGGAUUUUUAACACUGACAGGCAUGCAGGAAAUCUUCUGGUCAGGAAGCUUGAUGGUUUUGGAAAGUUUGGUCAAGUUGAGCUCAUCCCCAUUGAUCAUGGCCUUUGCCUGCCAGAAGGUUUGGAGGAUCCAUAUUUUGAAUGGAUACACUGGCCACAGGCUUCAAUUCCCUUUUCUGAGGAAGAGCGAGAGUAUAUAAGGAACCUUGAUCCUAUUCGUGAUUGUGAGAUGCUGCGUGCUGAGUUGCCGAUGAUGCGGGAGGCAUGUCUUAGGAUGUUGGUACUUAGCACUACUUUCCUCAAGGAAGCAACAAAGUUUGGGCUCUGUCUUGCUGAGAUUGGUGAGAUGAUGUCUAGGGAGUACAGUGGUCAUGGGGAAGAGCCAAGUGAGCUCGAGAGUGUUUGCUUGGAGGCAAGGGGGACACUUAGAGAAGCUUCAUUGCCUAUUGAUAAUGAAUUAAGAGAUCAAGAGUAUCAGUUUGACAUGGAUAAUGAGGAUACAAGCCUUUGCCAAGAAAUACAGGAAGACUUAACCCCCAAAUUGCCAUCUUUGUUACAGCGCAACUCUGUAAAUGGCCUGAAUGCUGUUUCCAAACUGCAGUUCCUUGGAAAGGAAGACGCUGAGAUUCAUGAUGAGAGAACUUGCACAGACUACUCUGGACAUGAGCUGGAUCUUAACUACUUUUCUAAUGCUGUAAAGCUUUCGAAGUCUCUAAAGAAAAUUGGCUUGGUGAAAAGUAGCAGGCAGAAACCCAAACUUGCUUGUUUGGCUGGCACUACAUGUGCACAAAGAAGAAGUGGCAAAGAGUUGCUUCCAAUAACAAUUGGCUUUGUCAAUUUGGCAGACCUAAGUGAGGAAGAAUGGAUCCUAUUUCUUUCUAAAUUCCAGGAGCUUCUUGGAUCUGCAUUUGCUAAUCGUAAAUCGUCAAGCAUUGCACUGAAACAGAGGCAAAGGCAGGGAACUGCAGGCGAGUUUUGAGUGAGUGACUUGAGAUGACCUUUAAACAUACUGAAUGUAUAGUUGUAGUUAGUACAAGAUGAAGCAAACCUUUCGAAGCAUGUGAGAGCUUGAGAUCUGUUUUUUAGGGUUGGAUUCCGAGCCUUCACAUCAAGAAGCGUUGUAAUAGUGAUGCGAGAAAAAGAUGUAAAUAGUUUUGGGAUUAGGCAUCAACGAUCAGCUGUUCAUAAGAAACGAUCAGCUUGUUGGCUGACUACUAUGAAAAUUACAGCUAUGUAUAUAUCAGC